UCUACUCCGUCUUCCCUCGUCACUUGUGAGCCUGUGCAACAGUUCAGUGCACCUCUAGCAGAUUCACGCAAAUUUCAUCCCCCGUGGCCUCCACCAAAAUCCCGUCGUCGCUUCGGAACUCAUCGACUCAAGCUAAUCUCGGCCUCCUCUACUUCUCCAUCCAGAUUUUCUACUCUUCCUCUAAGAAAAGUAAGGUGCUUUGCGACAUCCUGUUGAGGAGUUUAACAAAGCAUGGCCAGUCUAGGAGCGUUCUCUCUUUGUUUAUAGAACAAUGGUGCUGGACUCUGUUUUUUCCCGACGUAGAAACAUACCCGUUAAUUCUGGGUUCGUGCCCUUCGGGCUCAGAGAUUGCUAACGGGAAAACGGAUUUAAGGGCUAGUCAUAAAAUUGGGCUUGGAGUCGUCGUCAGCGGUGGAGGCUGCUGUGACAGAGAUGUGCAAUCGAUUUGGUGAAUUUCGCAAUGUAAGGAAUGUCGUCGAUCAGCUUAUGCCAUUUAAGAAUGUCAAUCUGUCGGAUGGAAAUAUUAUUGGAAGUUCUCAAAUGGGAACGGGAAGACUAGAAACUGAUUUUGUUAGGAAGGCGACUAAUUUGUUGAGGUUCGUUGUUGAUUCGCGCUUGUUAAAGGAGGGAAGAAUUGUCCAUUCUUGGGCUUACACUUCCGGAUUAUGCAGAAACUUGUCUGUAAGUACCGCUUUGUUAUCAAUGUAUGUGAAGCUGCGGGAUUUGCACAGUGCUGGGAAGCUGUUUGUCAAAAUGCCUGACAAGGACUGUGUUGUGUGGAACAUAAUGAUAUCUGCAUAUUCUCACAACGGGCACCCCGAGAAAUCUGUGCAGUUGUUGAGAGAGAUGUUGAAAUCUGGGACCAAAGCUGAUUUGUUCACGGCCUUGCCUGCUGCUUCCUCGAUUGGGCAGUUGAAAUCCUUGGGCUGGUGCAAAGAACUGCAUACUUACGUGACAAGAAACGAACUAGGUUACCAGGUAUCUGUUCAUAAUGCGCUCGUUGAUAUGUAUUGCGAAUGUGCUUGUUUGGACUACGCAAGGAAGGUAUUCGACUCAAUUAUAGAUAAAACAGUGGUCUCUUGGAGCACCCUGAUGAAGGGUUAUGUGAAACAUGAUCACUCUUUGGCAGCUUUAUCUCUCUUCUCUAAAAUGAACUCGGUAGGACCGCAAGUUGAUUUUAUAGCCAUCAUUAACAUCUUGCCUGCCUGUGUGAACACUGGAGCACUAGAGCAAGUGAAAUCCCUUCAUGGCUACUCAGUUAAACUUGGUCUAAACCUUUUAUCAGCUCUAAACACGGCUCUACUCACCAGCUAUGCAAAAUGUGGAUCCAUGGAUAUGGCUAGGAAGAUCUUCUUCAUCGAGGAAAAGUUCGAUAGAGACAUAAUCAUUUGGAAUUCAAUGAUUAGCUCACAUGCCAAGCACGGAGACUGGUCUCAGUGUUUUGAGUUGUACAAGCAAAUGAAGCAUUCAAAUUUAAAACCAGAUGAGUUCACGUUUCUGAGUCUACUAACAGCUUGUGUGAAUUCAGGUCUGGUUGAGGAAGGACGGGCAUUGUUCAAGGAGAUGACUGAAACCUACAAGCAAAGUCCCAGCCAAGAGCAUUAUGCUUGCAUGGUGGAUUUGUUAGGGCGUGCAGGCCUUGUGAAUGAAGCUAAGGAGCUUGUGGAGAGCAUGGCGUUCAAACCGGAUGCACGGAUUUGGGGUCCGCUGUUAAGUGCCUGUAAGUUGCACCCCAAUACUACUGAACUGGCAGAGUUUGCAGCUGAGAAUCUCAUAAUUGCAGAGCCAAGAAAUGCUGGCAACUACAUACUGCUCUCCAACAUAUAUGCCGCUGCAGGGGAGUGGGAUGGAGUUGCUAAGAUGAGGAGUUUCCUUAGGGAUAAAGGGCUAAAGAAAACUCCUGGAUGUAGCUGGGUUGAGAUCAAUGGUCAGUCCCAUGAGUUUCGGGUUGCUGACCGGUCUCACCCAAAGGCUGAUUCCAUAUAUGGGACACUGAGCUCUCUGGAGCUAGAAAUCAAAGCUGCCAGAGACGAGUUUGGGAGGGAAGCAAAAGGCCUAGCUGUGGAUUCUGAUCUUUUCUGGUGACUUUCUUUGGCAUGGACUUUCCAGGCCUGAGUGUUCAGCUUCUCUGCGGAAGUUAAACAUCUCUUACAAGGCUCUAUUAUCUGGUGGACGAUUUCAUCUAGAAGCAAAUUAGGAAUAGUUCUUCACUCCUAUUGGUGUUAGUUGUGCAGAGUGAUUUGUGCAUCUUCCAGUGGAAGAAGGGAUGGAAAUAUGAUCAACAAAAAUUUCAAGAAGCGAUCUUUUGAGCUGGAACCAGAGACAACUGCUUGAUUCCAUUCUACCAACUCGUGGGUUUUGCGCAUUCGUUUGGAUUGGAUGCAGCCUUUCAAGCACAGAUAGCCUUGAGCACUGACCAAUUUCGAACCUGCCUGAUUCACAUUAUGGAGAACACUGGAAGCUUGCUUCUUCCUUUCGUGUACCCCGCCCCACAAACCCAAGUUCAGACAAUUUGCAAAAGCUGGACAGAUCGUUGAACGCGACUCUGACCAAUGAAUUUAGCAGGAAGGCAUGUACUUCACAAGUAUCAGCACUAAUGAGAGUGACUGCUGCAGCAGUUUCCAGGGAGAUCCCAUCUCUUAAAGCUACUGGAAACCCAUAUCUUGGUUGGUCUCGGAUGGUUCAACUCCACACUGGUCCUGUCUUUGGGCACCCAUGUUGGCUUCUUGGGAGUUGGGAAGGAUGCCCAGAUCUCUCAGAAGGGUUACUUGUUGGUAACAAUGAGAGAUGGCAUUUCUGCUGCAACUAGCUGUGUUGCAGCAUCAAGUCUCAGCCUCUGCGACUGAUAGGGAUGGCAAUCAAACCCAUGGCCGCGGAUAUCCGAUCGCCUCCGAUCCAGUUAACGCGGGGAAUCCCCGCAUUGAUUGGGUAUGGGGCGGGUAUGGUUUUAGGCUCCCCGCCCCAUACCCAUACCCGCCCCACUAAGAACAUUUCUUCACAUAUAACAAAUAUAUGAAUAAAAUUGUGAUAUAUGAAUGAUAGUAAGGGUACCCCAAGAAAAUAAAUAUUAGAAAUGCAAUUGAGUGACCACCCAAAUCAAAACAUAAUUCCUUUUCGUCAACUCUCCCUUCACUCUUUCACUUUUCCCCUCGUGUUUACUAGAUUAUGUUAGUUUGAUAUUAGUUAGUAGAUGUAUCAGAGU